GGAGUAGCCACCAUUUUGCAUGUCUAGUGUGUUCCUCCCUCCAUUGCUAAUAGAGACGAUUCCAGUCAUUUUCUGGCAUCAUUACGGCUAAGAAUGCCAGCUCCGAUUAGACUGCGGGAGCUGAUCCGGACUAUCCGGACAGCACGGACCCAAGCAGAGGAGCGUGAGAUGAUCCAGAAAGAGUGUGCUGCUAUCCGCUCGUCCUUCAGAGAGGAAGACAAUACAUACCGUUGCAGAAAUGUGGCAAAGCUACUUUAUAUGCACAUGUUGGGCUACCCAGCACAUUUUGGGCAGCUGGAGUGCCUGAAGUUGAUUGCGUCCCAAAAAUUCACUGAUAAACGAAUAGGUUAUUUGGGAGCUAUGCUGCUGUUGGACGAGAGGCAGGACGUCCACCUACUAAUGACAAAUUGCAUUAAGAAUGACUUGAAUCAUAGCACACAGUACGUCCAGGGACUGGCAUUGUGCACCUUGGGUUGCAUGGGUUCCUCAGAAAUGUGCCGUGACCUGGCUGGAGAGGUAGAGAAGCUGCUCAAAACAUCCAACUCCUACUUGAGGAAAAAAGCAGCGUUGUGUGCAGUUCAUGUCAUCAGGAAGGUCCCAGAACUUAUGGAAAUGUUCCUUCCAGCCACAAAAAACCUGCUGAGCGAGAAGAACCAUGGUGUUCUCCAUACAUCAGUUGUCCUCCUCACUGAGAUGUGUGAAAGAAGUCCUGACAUGCUGGCCCACUUCAGAAAGCUGGUUCCACAGUUGGUGAGAAUCCUGAAGAACCUAAUCAUGUCUGGAUACUCUCCUGAGCAUGAUGUGUCAGGCAUAAGCGACCCAUUCCUGCAGGUGCGGAUAUUGAGACUACUGCGAAUUUUAGGAAAGAGUGACGAUGACUCCAGUGAAGCGAUGAAUGACAUUCUUGCACAGGUCGCAACAAACACGGAGACAAGUAAAAACGUAGGCAAUGCAAUCCUGUACGAGACUGUACUGACUAUAAUGGACAUCAAGUCUGAGAGUGGACUGAGGGUCUUGGCCAUCAACAUACUAGGUCGCUUCCUCCUUAACAAUGACAAAAAUAUAAGAUAUGUGGCAUUGACAUCUCUACUAAAGACAGUACAGACAGACCACAAUGCAGUGCAGAGGCAUCGGAGCACCAUUGUGGACUGUUUAAAAGACCUGGAUGUGUCCAUCAAGAGACGUGCAAUGGAGCUAAGCUUCGCCCUGGUGAACGGCAACAACAUUAGAGGCAUGAUGAAAGAGCUGCUCUACUUCCUGGACUCCUGUGACCCGGAAUUUAAAGCAGACUGCGCAUCUGGAGUCUUCCUAGCUGCAGAGAAGUAUGCUCCUUCGAAAAGAUGGCAUAUAGACACCAUCAUGAGAGUCCUGACAACAGCAGGGAGUUAUGUGCGAGACGAUUCUGUUCCCAACCUCAUCCAGCUCAUCACCAACAGUGUCGAGAUGCAUGCCUACACAGUACAGAGACUUUACAAAGCCCUGCUGGAUGACAUCUCACAGCAACCUCUGGUCCAGGUGGCGUCCUGGUGCAUAGGAGAGUAUGGAGACCUGCUUGUAUCUGGACAGUGUGAGGAGGAGGAACCCAUCCAGGUGACUGAAGAUGAAGUUCUGGAUGUGCUGGAAGGCCUUCUGGUGUCCAAUCUGUCCACCCCUGUUACCCGGGGUUACUCUCUGACUGCCAUCAUGAAGCUGUCUACUCGCUUCAGCGGCGUUAACCGAAUCAAGAAGGUGGUUUCGAUAUAUGGCAGCAGCAUCGAUGUGGAGCUGCAGCAGAGAGCUGUGGAGUACAAUGCUCUUUUCAAGAAAUACGACCACAUGAGGCCAGCUCUCCUGGAACGAAUGCCUAUUAUGGAGAAAACUGCCACUAAUGGUCCCACAGAGAUUGUGCAGACCAAUGGAGAGACAGAACCCUCUGUUGUGGAACCCAAGCAUCCACCCCCUGUCGCCCAGCCAGCCAAUCAGGCCAAUUGUUUAUUAGACCUGCUGGGUGGUAAUGAUGUGGUACCAGUAAUCCAGACCACAAUGCCCACCAAGCCAGCCUCAGCUGGAGGAGAGCUGCUGGAUCUGCUGGGUGACCUCUCACUAAGCGGCGGUCCAGCCCCUGCUCCUACUCCCUCUGUGCCCGCUUCCCAACCCCCUUUCCUCCUGGAUGGCCUCUCCUCACAGCCCUUGUUUAAUGACAUUGCAUCUGCAGGUAUUCCUCCUAUGACGGCAUACAACAAGAACGGUCUGAAAAUAGACUUCACAUUUGAGAGGGCUAACCCCAAUCCAAACGUUGCGGUAAUCACCAUCCAUGCUUCCAACACAACAGAGGCAGAUAUGACAGAGUUUGUUUUUCAGGCUGCAGUACCAAAGACAUUCCAGCUGCAGCUCCUCUCCCCUAGCAGUAAUGUUGUCCCAGCACUCAACCAGGGAACGGUCACACAGGUAAUCAGAGUCCUCAACCCACAGAAGCAACAGCUACGAAUGAGGAUCAAGCUGACGUACACCCACAAAGGCUCACCUGUGCAAGACCUGGCUGAGGUCAAUAACUUCCCCCCUCAGUCCUGGCAGUGAUGAGCCGCUUCUGUUGCUCUUAAAAAGCCCCACCAAUGGAACUAUGAAAACGAUUUUUCUUUCGCCUCCCUCCUUUCUUCCAACGGAUCCCCCUGUGACGUCACUGCAGACCGCUGCCCUCGAGUUGCAUGGGAAACAGCAGAGCAUCUAACACAGGAGAAAAUACAGAUGUUAAGAAGACCCUACUGACUAUUUGACAUCACCAGAAUAAUUGGGAAAACAUAUCAAUCAAUGAACUUUGUCUUUUCUUUUUUAAUUGGUUUCAUGAUCUCUUUUCUUAGUUCUACUAUUUUUCCACACAUACCCUCCGCCCAGCACCAUCACCACCGCCCACAGAAGCACAUACGCACAGCACUCACUGUGGCACACUCCACCUCUUAAGUCACUGUAGAGAAAAAAAGUGUUGCCCACUAUGAGCACUGCGGUCAACUAUAGUUUUAUUUUAAUUUCUAAUUAAACUAACACACUUUGCUCAGUUGAUAUUUAUGAUUGGCUUUGCAUUACAUUUUUAUAUGAAGGCCUGGGCGCUCAGUCCUGUGAUGGCAGCAGAAAAAGCUUUGAAAGGUCUAUUUAGUGCAUUCAUAAAUCCUCUCCUAGAAUACCUAUUUGUGACCCUCCACAUCAUGAGUGAUAUGACUUGUCAGAGUUGUAUUCAUUUUGAAUUACAUUAAUUUGCUUAAAGCAUGUUUGAGCAUUGUAAGGAUCACAAUCACAUCUUGACUCAAGUUCAGAGGGUAUUUUCUGGCUCUGGUAGUAGGCCUGUGUAUCCUAUGUUUCUAUAGGAAGAAAAAGAAGAUUCAAGCAUCAACAGAUCCACAAUGCCCAGUUUGAUAACACAUGACUAGUUUCAAAGAAUGUCCUCAGAUUUUCCCCUUCACAACUCUACUAAAAUUCUCAUCUGUAGCUUUAGUUUUAGAUCUUUAUUAUAAAUUCAACAGUAAAUUACUUAGAGUAGUUUGAGGAUGUUCAUAGAUUCACUAGGAUGGAUGUAAUCCAGGCCUGAAAUUUAUCUGAAGCCAACUUGAUUGCAUUUGUGUUGGAGAUCUGCGUUUAAACCUUUCCUGCAUCUGUGUCUUCGCAGUCUAGCUUGCAAUCUAGAUGCAUUUGAGAUUUGUUUAACCUGGUUGAACCUAGUCACCAUGCACAUACAUGUAAAUUAAGCUUGUUAUGAAUGUAGUUACAUGCACUGAAUGCUUUUUUUUUGUUUGUUUCUCCCCUCAAGUCUUCUUUUUUCAUGGCUAUCUUCUUUGGUGGAGAUGGCCAUCUUAUUGGCACUAUUUUUUGUGAAAGUAUGUUUUAUUUCUGCAGUAAAUUGACUUAAUUAUUUAUGCCUGAUAUCAAAGUGAUGUGCCUUUCUGACUUAGCUAGAUAAAAUCCCCUGAACUAUUGAGUUCUGUAUGAGCUUCGUUUGUCAGUCUGCUUGUGUGCUGAUCGAGUUUUAAAUCUGAGGGAAACGGUCCUGAUGGAUUUGAAAUGGUAUAUCACUUCUUUUGAUUAGUUUUAAAUUUUCACUUCUGUAUUUCAUAACGAGUUAAUAAUCAAUCACAAACUUGUACCGGCUUUCCUGGAUGUCUACAGCAAAGUCUUUUGUUGUUGUUUUUGACAAAAACACAAAUUAUAGCUACAUGAUCCUGAUUGUCUCGUUCCCUAUGUUGUGUUACAGACUUUCCUUUAUUACAAAAAUGCCCUGAAAUGCUUGUUACUCAUAACAGGUCCUAAAACGAAGCAAAUCUCAAAGAUUAUGGCAGCUAAUAUGUGUAACCUUUUCAUAAGCUGGCAUCAAGGUUUAAUGUGUUUUUAAAGAGUAUAAAUGUUCUAUGAAAGUGAAGUAUCAUUAAGAUUUCCCCCCCUGUCAACAAACAUUGAAGUGUGAGUGUGGAUCACGUGGUAUGGUACUGGGACGGGCUGCGCUGUGGUGACUGUUGGUAUGAUUUCUCGGCUCUUGUCUUCUCUAAAUCAGAAGUCUGACCAUGCUGUCGGGGACAGUAACCUUAAUACCUCACAAUAUUCUCUCUUUCUGUUAACUUUCAGUGGCAGUAGAUCAACAGCUUUAUUUAGUCACAAAUUGCAAUCAAGGGGAGCAUCUGCAUGAACAAAACUAAUGCUAGUUUGUACAUCUCAUUACUUACCAAGCUUAGCAGCCCUGCAAUGCUGUGUUGAGAUCCUCAGAUGUUCAAUCAGGCUGUAUACUUCUUUUCACUAUGCUUCACUAUCUAACUUCUGUGACCAAAUCAGAGUGACUAUUAGCUUUGGAAAUAUUUUUGAGCUAUGAUAUGUGUAUAUGGAGAAGAUUAUUUCAGUUUAACUUUUUUUCUGUUGUUGACAAAUGCUAUAUUGGCUUUUUUUCUGUACAUAUUGAGGGCUUUUACAAUUUUGUCUCUUGUACUAUCUUUCAUCCUUUUUUUAGAUACCAUUUUCUAAAAAAAAUCCAAUUAUUCACAAUGUAUAUUGUCUAAAUAGAUCUAGUCAGCAUCAGUCUUUAAAGACGUCCCUGUAUCACCACUCAUUGUAAAAGUAUAUGAUCUGCUGCCUGUACAUUGUAUAUAGUUGUAAAACAAACAAAAGCUGAUCAAAUUAAAUAAAACCCACAUGAAGACUUAAAAGAUUAGCUAGGACGUAUAAUUGUAUGCAUAUAUGUACAAAAAACAAUCUUAAAAAGGAUGCAAUUGAGCUGCAUUUGAUUUACUAUUCAUUCUUCAUUCAUGAUUGGAUGUGUCAUCUAUUACUUCUUUUACAAAGAUAGUUGGUAAGGCAGCAGGCUACCCAUUGGGGUUCCUUUUAGAUGUUGAAAUGAGGGUUGAAUCUGUCUUAAAACAGAUGUCUGAAUGAUGUACUGUACUACUGAGAAACCUAAGCACAGUGCUGCACAGCGGCAGAAGUGGCACCUUCACCUGCUUUCUUGCCCCUCAAACGCCUCGUGUCAAUGUCCCCCCCCCCCCCCCCCCCCCCCCCGAGCAAGUUGUAACCCUUCCUCUGGCCUUAUGUGUGGUUUAGUGUCCUGCACUCUUGAUUAUUGACUAUAUUAAAUUCUGUUCAACCUACAAAUCAAUUUGUGAAAUGAUGCCCCUUGAUAUUGGUGUGUUUGCUGAUUUUUGUCUGCCAUGUAUCUUGUUGCUUAAGAAGAAUCAUAUCUUAACAAAACAAAGCUAACACUAAUACUCCAUCAAGGAAGCUUGUUAACUUCCCCCAUUAUGGCCAGUUGGUAAAAAUCAGAAUAGACUUCUAUCAGGAUAAGAGCCAAUACAUGUUUUUAUUGGAGCAGUCGUGUCCUUCAUUGGGUGUGAACAAAAGUGUCAUUCUUUUUGCCUGCCUCUCAUUACUUUCUUUGCCCUUAUUGCUGAUGUUAUUUGCCCAUGCAUGGCACACCUUCUGGCUUUCUUGUUUGGUUCAGGUGCUCUUCUCUUUGGGGCUCCUAAGUGAAAGAUGGGGCUGUAACUCAUCACAUCAUACUGAUCUGAGCCCUCACUCUUUAAAAUUGAACUUCACAUGGCAGUUAAUCAUUGCAGGAUAUGAUGGAUAGCAAUGGAUAUCUUAUUUGAUUUUGCUUGCAUAGAGGUGCUGCUUUACCAAUCCAAACACAAACCUGGGAUGAGUCUGUGCUACAAGCUAAUAACCACAUGGGGGAGCUGUGCAAAGCGGAAGGCUGAUGGGAUGGGAAAGGAAGUGUCAUACAUCUAUUCCUGAAUGUUUUCGUUGAUGUUGUUUGUAAUGUCUUAUUCAACCAGUAUGUACCCUUGUUAAUCACAUUUGAUCAGUUCUUUCGAUGAUACCGUAAUUCAUGCAGUUUUAAAUGUACAAAAUGGAAAUGAACCCAACAUAAGUGCUUUGGACACUGUAACUUAAAAAGGAAGAAAAGAAACAGCGGUGUGAUCAGCGUUUGAAGUGAUAGUAUGUUUGUAUGUAUGUGUGUGUGUGUGUGUGUGUGUGUGAGACUGAUAGAGAGAGAAAAUAUUAAUGCUUGAGAGAGUGAUGGUGUGCAACAUGUCUGUUAUUUAGAUAGGACAUGGUUUUUGGCUGCAAUUUCAACUUUCAGCUUCUGAGCUGCAUGUGAAAGCCAGUGUAAAUAAUGUCAUUUCUACUCUUGACCUGAGGCUUUUUUUGAAAUGCAAGAAAAAUUCAAAUUAUAAAUCUGUCACACCACCUUCAUGGGUCAGUACUAACAUAUACAAUAGGAAUUUGUUCGGAUAAUGCUCACAAUACUGUUAAUGUUUUUAAGAGGGUAAUGAAAGUGCACAUCAGUCAUUUGGAUUAAUUGGAUAUUUGAUUUAUCUUCUUUCUUUUUUUUAACUAUGUCAAAGUGAAUUCAGUGUGGAAAAUGCUUGGCAAAAAUAGCAUCUGGAUUACCACCAUGUUCACUUUACCUGUUGAAUUAAAGAAAAAAGAAAAAAAACGCCCAUUGUAUUUUAAAAACAAACUUUAUUUGUAACUCCCCCAGGCCAGUCCUGACUGUAAAACUAUGUGGUAUCUGAUUUUUGGGGGGAGGGUGGAGGCAUGAGGUUCACUUUUUCCAGUCAAGUUUGUCAUGUCGAACUGAAUCCAGUUCCAUGGCUUCAAGGUGAGUGUGAAUGUCAGACUGAAAGUAUAAAAUGAUGAUUAAAGAUGAGAAGUUGUAAACUAUUAAAUGGGAUAUUUUCAAUUUA